AAAGUGAAGGAAUCAGAAAAAACCCUGUUAACUUCAUCCUCUGCAACCGCUGAAGUAGAAAUGACAGAAUUGCUUGAUUCGCCCUCCUCUGAAACCGAUGAAGAAGAAGAAACGAGAGAAUUGGUUAUUGAUAUUGAGCCACCACCACGCUCCUCUGAACUGAUCAAUGAAGAAGAAAGGAAACGAGUAUUUUUCGAAAAAAUAAAGGCUGGAGACAUUGCGUCAGUGAGAAAGAUUAUCAAGAAAUACCCUAGCUAUUGUACUACUAAGGAUGAGUUCGAAAGGUAUCCUAUUGUUACUGCCCUUAUUGAUGAUGGGGGAGAAGAUAUGAUGCGUUUGUUGAUUCGGUCAUGCCCAGAGUCUCUUCAUUUCAAGACUCCUUCUGGUGAAACUUUGCUUCACUGGUCACUCCGUCAAGAAAAAUGGAACUGCUUCAGUUUACUAUGCAAGACGCAUCACAGGCGAAAAGAUCGCCACAUUCUCGAUAUGCCUGCCCGCCAAACUGGCGAAACUUACCGUGAAAUUGCUGUACAGCGUCGUUUCCUUAAGCCUUGUGAUAAAGUUGGCCGAAGCACUACAAGAACAAUUUCGAAUGUAUCCGAGGAGAAUUCUGCAAGAACACCGAAUGAGCCAACGGUAUGGUCUGCGGCUUUAACAAUGAUGGUGCUAAUUGCAGGUGGGUCUUUUGCAGCUCCACUUAGCUAUCACGGUUUGUAUCCAGUUUUAGCUGCGGAUCAAGGGAAGAUUGUUAAUCUCAGCAUGCAUGAUUUGUUUACAUAUCCAAGUGCCAUUAUGGACGGGUUUCUUUUCUUUACUACAAUCACGGUUGCUUUCAUAUCAGCCAUGCUAGGCAUUUUGGUUGCAGUUUGCAUGAUAUUUAGGAGACGGGAGUGGGGGACUGCCUUGGCAGUUUUUACCUUUUUUGUCAUAACAUCCAUGUUAGUAAGCUUUUGCAGUACACUAAAUAAGCUCUUUCCCCGUGUCGUAAGAAUAGAUGGCGUGCAUGUGGAAUUCCCAGGAGGUGUAAGAAUAGAUGGAGUGCAUGUGGAAUUCCCAGGAGGUGUAAGAAUAGAUGGAGUGCAUGUGGAAUUCCCAGCAGGUUCUGUUUUGGUGUUCUACAGUGUGUACGUUAUUAUUCUUGCCAGUACAUUAGCACUUAUUGCCCAGAGGAUCCGUGGAGCUUUGUAGUAGAAGGGUAAAAGUUCAACAUGAUUGACACUUUAGUUUAGUGUAGUCUCAGCCUAAUAGUUGCACCAUUAUUUGGAGCCGGUCAUUGUUUUGGGAUAUUAGAGAAAUCUUGUGAAGUAU